UAUACUCUCUGAGAGAGAGAGAAAGAGAGCUGCUUUCCCAAUUCAGGUGAGUGCGUGUAGAAAUCAGUAGAGGCAAUGGCAAUAGAGAAAGCAGAGAAUGGUUUGGUGAAUUUCGUCUUCUCUUGGUCCAUCCAAGACGUACUGAACGACAAUCUCCUCAAAGGAAAGGUGAGAGAGAUCCCAAAGAGAUUUCAAUCCAUAGAGCAGUAUUAUGGAUCAUUCAUUUUUUCUUUGAUCGAGGAAACACGGACCGAAUUGUGUUCUAGUAUGAAGGUUCUCUCUACAGCACGAGUCUAUAGAAUACGAUCAGUUGGGUUAUAUGAUUGUAAGGAGUCGGCAUAUGGCAUUUCCAUGGAACCUUUCAGAAAUGUUUCGGAUAAGGGAGGAAAAGAUAUUUCUGGUCCAAAGAACGGAGAUAUCUUUGCUUUGUGCGAUGCGGUACCUUCAAGAGCUGCUGAUCUAGACUGUGAUGGAAUAUCCUACACUCUUGGUUUAGUUACUAAGAAUGAAGAUGCUGAAAGUGGCCCACCAUUUGAAAUUCGAGCCAAAGUAUCGAAGGAUGUUGUGGCUCCAAAAGGAAAGGAGAAAUCUCUUUUUGUCGUUUUCUUGAUCAAUACUACGACAAACAAUCGUAUAUGGAUGGCCUUGAAUGCAGCCCAUAGAAAUUCUAAUGUCGUAAAGGAAGCAUUAUGCACCAAUUCUUCGGUCCCCAUGGAAGGGUGA